CUUGCAAGCAGACUACUUCAGUCUCUCUGCACGAGGAAAGUCCCUUUUAAAUGUCUUAAACGCCAUAUUAUUCAUUAAUUUUAUCCUGUAGUGCUCUUCUUAUGGGACUAUUGCGUGACCUUUGAAGACGAGGUUCGCUUGAUCUGGGGCCAGAAGAUGAGCCUGGCGACGAUGUUCUUCAUAGCAAAUCGCUAUGUAAACUUUCUGAUUACGAUUCUUGAGCUGCUGGGGCAGUCUUUCUUCCAAAAUGCCAAGAGUUGUGGACCCUUUGUUCGCAUUUUACAGUCUUUGCUCGUCAUCGCAUUGUUCACUGUUUCAGCAUUCACUACCCUACGUGUGUAUGCCGUUUGUGGUCAUGGCUGGAGGCCAGCCUUGCUAGUUUUGGCUUUGUCUCUCGUUUCUCCUAUCUUAAACAUUGUGAUGGACAUCGAUGAGAGUAUCCAAACUACGCCACCGCCUCACUAGGCUGCGCAGUGAACAUACAACAGAUGACAAGUGCAACAUAUACCAAGUUUACAAUUGCAAAUCGUGCAACCACAAUUGCGUAUGAUGGUCUUGCCCUCCUCUUCACACUUCUCAAAACUAUGCAAUUCAAGGAACGAGUGUUGAGAAUGAGGAUCAAAGGUGGCCUGAGCGAAGUGCUCAUCAGAGACGGCUCUCUCUAUUUCCUCAUCUUGCUCGUUAUUAAUCUAGCCCAGAUUGUGGUGGCUUCUCAAGUAUCAGAAACUACUCUCUCUCUUACUACGUAUCACCACUGACUUCAGUGCUCAUCUCGCACUUCCUCUUGGACCUACGACGAGCCGCA